UGAAGCUUUCGCCUUUCCUCGUCGAUUUGAAAAUGUGCAGUGAUUCGAAGCUCUCGCGGCUCUGCCGUUUGGUCGAUGACUGUCUCCGUCCGUACACUGAAUCCGGUGUCGUUUUGGUGACCAAAGAGCGAGAAAUCCUGGUCACUCUCUCUCAGCUUCUUCGACAAGUCAAGCUCUUGACCCAAGCACUUGACUCCGACUCUGAAAAUGGCCCAGUGAUAGGAUUGGAUUGUGAGAGUGAUUGCAUGUGUCUAACUAAAAUCGUAACUCACUUGAUAGUUUUGUUAACAGUGGAGAGUCAAUAUGUCAAGCAUCUGACGUGCAACGUUCUAGUUGCUGUCUCAGAAUUCCUUGCUGCUUUGGGAAGCAACUGGGGUGCCUUUAUUCAUUUGUUGUGUGUUUGUGUGGAUUUGGCGAUCACUGUGGCGAUUCAAUGUACUUCAUCACAUUUGACAACUGAAGCUGAUGAUCAUCACUCUGGUUCAUCAAGUUUAGUUCUUGUGUUAAAACGUAAGCUGGAAAAUGCUGACUGGUCUGUCGCAGCUGGUGUUGUUCGAGUUUUACGUGAUAUACGAAAAUAUUUGAAGACUGAAGAUGAUGAUGUACUUGUUGAACUGUUCUUUGAUAAUGUCAAUUCUGUUCUUUCAACCGUCCCUUGGAAUUUAUUACAAGGGAUUCAUGUUGGACCAAAUCUUGUUGCUCAGAAAAGCUCUGGUGCGGAUGUUUUAUUUCAAAGAUCCUUGUUUCUGGGAAACUUGGUUCAGUUUCUCUGUUCCUUGGCUGAGCAAAGUGGUUCUAUGGAAGCUGCAAGUGGAUCUGUAGACAGGCAUCAUCCAAUUAUUUCUACAAUCAUCAACCUUGUACCUACGCUUUUAUGUUCGUGCCUUGAUGAGCAAGCAGAUUGUGUUAACUUUAACAAGUGCAUCUCUCAAUACUUUAGACACAAGUUAUUGGUGCUCAUGAUCAGGCUCAUUUUCCGAACUUGUCAGGAAUUCUCAAUUCCUGUUACAUGGUUGCAACUUAUUCAUAAGUACUUUGAAGAUGUUUUGCGGAAUCCCAUUACUCUCAAGAAUGAUCAGGAUGAUUGUCUGGAAGGCUCUCCGUUUCUUUCCAGUGUUUCUGAUGCAGAAGUAAAUAGUCUGUCUUCUCGCCAUCUGCAAAGACAGGCUGUUUUCCUUUUCCUGAGGUGUUCUUUUAGCUUGAUUAGCACAAAAGGAGGCACUAACAAGAAAUGUGCUUGUACAACUUGGAACUUACGCUUGACCUGUGAUUCAAAUGCAGAGCUUCUGUGUUGUGGAAGAAAGAAAGGUCUCUUGGAGCUUUAUAACUGGCUUCAAGGGCAUCUUCCAGCUAAUAUGACAGUGGACCAUGAAAUGUAUUUUGUAGAAUGUGUUGACUUUGCCAAAUCCUUCAUCCAACUGUAUAUCAAAGAGGAUGAUGUAUUAUUCAAAGUGCUCUUGCAUCUGCUUUGUGUACCAUGUUGUGCAGAACAGGAUGAAAAGGAAAAGGUUGCAUUGGAGGAUUCGAAUGGCAAUUUACUUUUCCGUGUCUCAGAUCUUUUCAAUCCUGUACUCUUGUUCCAUCUUUUCCUAUUAGAGUUGAGCUAUGACCAUCAGGUGCUUCUUGAUUACCUUAUUUCAAAAGAUACUGGAAUCAGUUGUGCAGAAUAUCUUUUAAGGUGCUUGCGUAAAGUGUGUGAUUCAUGGAGCUUAUUUGUGGAAUUUCUAGUGGGUGGGCAAGCUACAAAUCAAUCAUUUUGCAAGAAAAGAAAAGUUUCAUUGGGUGGCUCGAGUUCCUGCGGGGAGGAUUCUCUUGCACCAACAAAAAAUCAUCUUACAUUUCUUGAUGAUGAACCUGAUGAAGAAAAUGAAAAUGGCUGCAAGCACACCCAAAAUGGAGGACAGUAUUUCAAAGAAGCCAAAGAGUGCUUACUUUCACUUAAAAUUUCUAUUGAAGGUCUACACCAAAAGAAUCUGUUUCCCUACAAUCCUAAUGUUCUUCUGAACCGCUUAACAAGAUUUCAGGAACUCUGUUUUGAGGAAGAGAAAUAAACUUCUAAAAGAAUGAACUUAUCAGCACAGAUUUUUGCAGAGCAUCAUUUAUUCCUUUGAGUUGAAGUGAUAAAAUGAGAUCUUGCCAACCAAUGAGGCCAAGUCUCGACGAAAACUCUUUGAGUCAGGCAACUGGGCCACAGUCAGACAAUGUUGGAAAGAGUGCUUUGAGAUCCUCAUGACUCUUUGAGGCCAUAUAUGGAGAUUUUUAAGAAGUGAAUGCACUUUGUGGAUGAACGUUGUCACAUUGAGCAGUGAAGGAAUAGAAGAACAAGCUUUGUAGUUAAGGUAAUUUAGAUUCUAUGUGUAGAAUUUCCAAUUUUUUUUUCGUCAACAAGGAUAGGCGAAGAAAUCUAAUUCGUAGCAUAGUUAAAUCCACCAGAUGAAGUCAAA